AACAAAAACUUUGCGACUUUUGCGACAGUGCAGUCAAUGGCGCACGUAUCGGAAAACGUCAGUGUGAAGAAGAUGGCGGAGGGAGGUAAUGAUGCAGAGCUGCUGAAGGAGAAGGCGAAUAAGUACUUUAAAGACAAAGACUAUGAAAAUGCAAUCAAGUACUACUCGGAAGCCUUGGAGGUCAAUCCAUCCAAUGCUAUCUACUACAGCAACCGAAGCCUGGCAUACCUACGCACAGAGUGCUAUGGGUAUGCCCUGGCUGAUGCGACAAAGGCCCUGGAGAUAGACAAAAACUACAUUAAGGGAUAUUAUCGCCGUGCCACCUCCAACAUGGCACUGGGCAAGUUCAAAGCUGCACUUAAGGACUAUGAGACGGUAGUGAGGGUUCGACCAAAUGACAAGGAUGCAAAGCUGAAAUAUCAGGAAUGUAACAAGAUUGUGAAGCAGAAGGCUUUUGAGAGAGCCAUUGCCAGCGAUGAGAUAAAAAAAUCUGUUGUCGACUCUCUGGACAUCGAAAGCAUGACAAUUGAGGAUGACUACGAAGGUCCCAAGCUUGAGGAUGGGAAGGUCACACCGAGGUUCAUGAAGGAGAUGAUGGAUUGGUUCAAAGACCAGAAGAAACUGCACAGAAAGUGUGCUUAUCAGAUUUUGGUGCAAGUAAAAGAUGCUCUUUCAAAACUACCAAGUCUUGUCGAAAUCACAUUAAAAGAGACAGAAAAAAUAACAAUCUGUGGUGACACCCAUGGGCAAUACUACGAUCUCCUCAACAUCUUCAAGUUGAACGGCUUACCCUCAGAGGACAACCCCUAUCUGUUCAAUGGUGACUUUGUAGACCGUGGCUCUUUCUCUCUUGAGGUCAUUCUUACCCUGUUUGGCUUCAAGCUGCUCUACCCGGACCACUUCUACCUGCUUAGGGGUAACCACGAGACAGACAACAUGAACCAGAUGUAUGGAUUUGAAGGGGAAGUCAAAGCCAAGUACACGGCCCAGAUGUUCCAGCUGUUCAGCGAGGUCUUCCAGUGGCUGCCUCUUGCACAGUGUAUCAACAGCAAAGUACUGGUUAUGCAUGGUGGACUGUUCAGUGAAGAUGGUGUCACAUUGGAUGACCUCAGGAAGAUUGACAGGAACAGACAGCCUCCUGACUCAGGUCCCAUGUGUGACCUCCUCUGGUCAGAUCCACAGCCUCAGAAUGGCCGAUCAGUCAGCAAGCGAGGAGUGAGUUGUCAGUUUGGACCAGAUGUGACGGAACGCUUCCUGGAACAGAACAAGCUGGACUUUGUUGUACGUAGUCAUGAGGUCAAAGCUGAGGGCUACGAGGUCACUCAUUCAGGGAAGUGCAUCACCGUGUUCUCAGCACCCAACUACUGUGAUCAGAUGGGAAACAAAGGAGCUUACAUCCACCUCAGGGGAUCAGACCUCAAGCCAGAAUUUCACCAGUUCACUGCUGUGCCUCAUCCGAAUGUCAAACCCAUGGCGUAUGCCAACACGCUAAUGCAGAUGGGGAUGAUGUAGAGGCCACGCUGAUCUGUCUGUGACACUGACGACCUCCCAUCUGACCUGAACCAUCCCAGCCACCUCGCUCCCUACAGUGCUCGGACAUGCUCUCGCCCAUGCUUAGCCUAAGGGAUCCAUCUCCCAGACAAACCCCCGCUAGUUGUGUACAGAAAACACGUGGUGUAGUUCAGAUGGGAAGAGAUCACUUACACCAGCCCAGUCCAGAACUGGGUACAUUCUUUUAUGUUUUUCAGUUAAAACUGGAAA